AUGACCUCGCUGUACGACCAGCUACAGCAGCACAGCUACACCUUUGGCUCCCCCUCACCUCCCUCGCCGCCCAUGGAUCCCGCCUUCACCUUUGCCGGCACGGCAACGGACACAAGCCCCCCCAGCAGCGGCCUCGGCUCCAGCCUACGCAAGCUGGACCGCGGCAACGGCGACGGCGGCGCGGCGUCGCGCCAGAAGAGCUGCAAUGCUUGCGUCCGGGGCAAGCGGCGCUGCGACAAGCGGACUCCCAGAUGCACGAGAUGCGCGGCCAAGGGCCUGGACUGCGUCUACCAGCGACAGCCUCCUCCCUCGUCUGCGUCUUCGGCUCUUCCUCUGCAGACGCAGACUCAGACACAACAACAGCAGCAGCAGCAGCGUUCACAACCACAGCCGGCUCAACGACAGAGGCUAUCAUCACAGCACCAGCAGCAGCAGCAACACCAGCACUCAUCUCCUCCCAUUGCCUGCUCCUCUACCGCAGCAACGGCCUCGUCGUGCGCCUCCGCCGUCGACGGAAGCUGCUCCACGCCCGAGAUGCCGCCCGAGUUCGACAUGAGCUUCGACAUUGAGAGCCUGAGCACCGCAACCGGGACAAACACCAGCCCUGAGAGCCUCCAGCAGGACGGGAACCUGCACCUCGGCGGCGAGCCCCAGGCGCACCAUCACCACCAACAUCACCACCAUAAUCCUCAGCAGCACACGCCGGACCUGAGCUUCAUUGUCGACUUGAUGACCGCCGCCGACGACUCGGGCCCCGGCAGCCUGUGGGACCUGACGGGCUUCGGGGUCGGCAGCAAGAUGGACCUCCCGCCGGUGCCCAUAGUGCCGCCCUUGCAGACGCCGACGCAGACGCAGACGCAGCAGCCGAUGAGUUCUCAGGAGCAACAGCAGCAACAGCAGCAACAGCAGCA